UAUAUUGGCCUGUGUAUGAUUAUGGAGAAACAAUAUUUGGAUUUCAUACUCGUCCCAAUGGGGAUUCUUUUCAUGCUGGCUUACCAUCUUUGGCUUCUCUAUCGAAUCUUAAACCAUCCCACCAGGACUGUCAUCGGCGUCAACGCCAUCAACCGCGGUUUUUGGGUUCAAGCUAUGAUGGAGGACGCGUCAAAAAAUGGGGUUUUGGCGGUGCAAACGCUGAGGAACAACAUAAUGGCAUCCACCCUAUUGGCAUCGACGGCGAUCAUGUUGAGUUCCCUUAUCGCUGUCUUGAUGACGAGCGGGAGCGCCAAUAGAUCGUCCUGGUUCAUAUUUGGAAACACAAGCGACCUUGCAUUCUCGAUCAAGUUUUUCUCGAUAUUGUGUUGCUUCUUGGUUGCCUUUUUGCUCAACUUACAGUCUAUAAGGUAUUACAGCCAUGCAAGCAUCCUCAUCAACGUGCCUGUAAAAAAGAUGUCUCACCAGCACCGCCACCACCACCACCACCUGACGGCCGAGUAUGUGGCCAACACCGUGAAUAGAGGCAGCUAUUUUUGGUCCCUAGGACUCCGAGCUUUCUACUUCUCUUUCCCCCUCUUUUUGUGGAUCUUCGGACCCCUUCCUAUGUUCUUCUGUUGCAUUGCCCUCGUUUUCAUGCUGUAUUUCCUCGAUGUCAACUUUCAAUUCGGGUGGGCCGUUGGGACCGUCGAUGACGACGGCCUCAACCACGACGAGGAAUCAGGCGGUACAUGAAACAAAAGCAACGGU